AUGGAAGACCACGAGCUCACCCAAGUGUCCCCGGCGGCCAAGGUGCCCUCGAGGGCCCAGAUGGGCGAGAUUUCGCAGCGCGAGUAUGAAGACCGCGUGCAACUGAUGCGCCUCGGCAAGAAGUCUGUUCUCAAGCGCAACUUUUCCUUCCUCACCAUCCUCGGCUUCAGCUGCGCCGUCCUCGUCACCUGGGAGGGCACGCUCAUGAGCUUCGCCCCGGGCCUCAUCAACGGCGGGCCCGCCGGCCUCGUCUACGGCUUCCUCUUCGUCUGGGCCGGCAACCUGACCGUCUUCUCGACCCUGUGCGAGCUCGUCUCCAUGGCGCCCACCUCGGGCGGCCAGUACCACUGGGUCUCCAUGCUCGCCCCGCGCCGCUGCGCCCGCUUCCUCAGCUACAUCACCGGCUGGCUGACCGUCGCCGGCUGGCAGGGCACCGCCGCCUCGGGCGCCUACCUCGCCGGCAGCAUGCUCCAGGGCGUCGUCGCCUUCACCAUGCCCCAGUACACGGGCCAGACCUGGCAGGGCACGCUCAUCGUCUGGGCCGUCGUCCUCGUCGCCGUCUUCAUCAACACCGUCGUCAGCUCCGCGCUGCCCAAAAUUGAGGGCAUGAUCCUUGUGCUGCACAUUGUCGGAUUCUUUGGCGUCCUGAUCACGCUCCUCACCUUUGGCGCGCACGGCGACGCCUCGGAGGUCUUUGCCAACUUUCGCAACGGCGGAUGGCCAACCCAGGGCCUGUCCUUCUUCGUCGGUCUGCUAGGACUCAUCUUUUCCUUUGCCGGCGUCGACUGCUCUUUUCACAUGUGCGAAGAAGUCCAAAACCCCUCCGUCGCCGUACCUCGGUCCAUCAUGGGCAGCUUGCUUAUCAACGGUCUCAUGGGUCUGGCCAUGGUCAUUUCCAUGCUCUUUGCCGCCACCGACAUUGACGCAGCCAUCAAUUCCAAGAGCGGCUACCCCUUCAUCGAGAUCUUCUUCCAAGCAACAGGCUCCAAAGCCGGCACCGCUGUAAUGGCUUCUCUGAUCAUCUUCAUGACCAUCUCUGCCGUCGUCGGUGUCAUUGCAACGACAUCCCGAAUGUUCUGGGCCUUUGCUCGUGAUCGUGCCUUGCCAGCCUGGCGCACAUUGUCCAAGGUCGACCCUACUACACACGUCCCCAUCUGGGCCAUUGGUGUCACGAGUCUCAUCUCGUGUCUUCUGGCUCUCAUUAACAUUGGAUCCACCGUCGUCUACAAUGCCCUCGUCUCGCUAUCCAUCUGCGGCCUGUACUCCUCCUACCUCAUCGCAUCCUGCACGCUGCUCUACCGCCGCACCACCGGCGGCUUCGCGAUGCCCGACGCGAGCUCCCCCCUCCCGGCCCUCGCCGAGGGCGACAACGCAGAGGGGCUCAUCUGGGGCCCGUGGCACGUCCCGGGCGUCCUCGGCAUUGUCAACAACAGCCUCGCCUGCGCCUACCUACUUACCAUGUUGUUCUUUAGCUUCUGGCCGCCGGCCCCGGUGUCCGACGCCAAGGACAUGAACUUUAGUGUACUGAUGACAGGGGCGGUCGUCAUCUUCAGCAUUGUGUACUAUUUGGUGUGGGCGAAGAGGGACUACAAGGGCCCGAUUCGCGAGGUAUGA